AUGGUAGUGAAAAAGGAGGUGAAAAGCGAGAAGCGGAACAAAGAAAGCAGAGAGGAUAGAGAUAGAGAAAAAAAGGUGGAAGACGGAAAGAUGGAAAGCGGAGAGCUGAGGAAAAUAAGAGAGGAAUUGAGAGGAAUAAGAGAAGGUAUAGUGGACUUGGUGGGGUUAUGGAGGAGUUGGAUAGAGAAAGAGGAAAGACAGGGGAAAGCUGGAGAGAAGAGAGAACAAAAGGAGAGCAGAAGGGAAGAGAAGACGGAGGGACAAGAAGAGCAGGGAUCAACAGAUGAGAAGGUUGGAAAUGGAGAAUUCAAGAGGAGAGAGAGCGGAGACAAGCAGCGGGACAGCAAGGAGAGGAAGGAAGAGGAGAGAAGGAGGAAGGUCACGGAGGAGGAAGGAGAGGUAAAGGAAAGGAAGAUAAAAGGUGAGAGGAAGAAAGAAGAGGUGAAGAGCAGGGAAAAGAAGACAGAUGGAGGAGAGGGGUUGAGGGUCAGAGGAGAGGAAGACAAGGAGAGGAGGGGAAAGAUGAACGAGGUGACGGAAUAG